AUUGUGGGCGUCGCAGCGCGCCGCAGCGUGUCUGGAACAGGAACUGGUCUGGAGCCGCUGUCAUUCAGCUGAGCGCACAAAGGUGAGCGCACCGUCAGCCAUAUUCCCAUCGCCGGACUCUGUGCUCGUUUUCUCGUAGGGAGGGGAAUUUUCGACCGAAGCUAGACUGGACUGACUCACCGGCUCUGAGGGAGGCUCCGUGGAAACACACUAUAUUCUUUGACAGAAGACAUCUACAACAGGAUACAAAAUGCCUAAACCUGUAAAUGUUCGCGUCACUACGAUGGACGCGGAGCUGGAGUUUGCCGUUCAGCCCAGCACAACUGGCAAGCAGCUAUUUGACCAGGUGGUGAAGACCAUGGGGGUACGUGAAAUAUGGUACUUCGGACUACAGCAUAUGGACAGCAAAGGGUACCUUACAUGGCUGAAACUUGAUAAAAAGGUCUCCGCUCAGGAUGUGAGGAAGGAGAACCCUCUCCAGUUUAAAUUCCGUGCCAAGUUCUUCCCAGAAGAUGUGUCGGAUGAGUUGAUCCAGGAAAUCACUCAAAAGCUGUUCUUCAUGCAAGUGAAAGAUGGCAUUCUGAGUGACGAUAUCUACUGUCCUCCAGAGACUGCGGUGCUGCUGGCCUCCUAUUCAGUGCAGGCCAAAUUUGGUGAUUUCAGCAAGGAAGUGCACAGGCCUGGAUACCUGACCUCAGAUCGCCUCCUGCCCCAACGGGUUCUAGACCAGCACAAGUUGUCACGGGACCAGUGGGAGGAGAGGAUUCAGGUGUGGCAUGAGGAGCAUCGAGGAAUGCUCAAAGAGGACGCAAUGCUUGAGUACCUGAAGAUUGCUCAGGAUCUGGAAAUGUAUGGGGUGAACUACUUUGACAUCAAGAACAAGAAGGGAACAGAGCUGAGGCUGGGUGUGGAUGCCCUGGGCUUAAAUAUCUAUGAGAAAGAAGACAAACUCACUCCGAAAAUUGGAUUCCCCUGGAGCGAAAUAAGAAACAUUUCCUUCAACGAUAAGAAGUUUGUCAUCAAGCCUAUAGAUAAAAAAGCUCCAGAUUUUGUGUUCUACGCCCCGCGGUUGCGCAUUAAUAAACGUAUCCUACAGCUGUGCAUGGGGAACCAUGAGCUUUACAUGCGCCGCAGGAAGCCGGACACCAUCGAGGUGCAGCAGAUGAAAGCACAGGCUCGAGAGGAGAAACAACACAAACAGAUGGAGAGAGCUCAGCUGGAGGGUGAGAAGAAGAGACGAGAGGCCAUAGAGCGAGAGAAAGAGCAGAUGGAGAGGGAGAAACAGGAGCUGAUGAUGCGACUCUACCAGUUUGAGGAGAAGACCAAAAAAGCGGAAAAAGACCUGCAGGAGCAAAUGCAGAGGGCCAUGCAGCUGGAGAGUGAACGGAGGCUGGCCGAGGAGGAGGCAGCCAGAUUGGAGGCAGAGAGGCAGGCAGCACUGCUCGCAAAGGAGGAACUGGCCCGUCAAGCCCAGAAUCAGCUGAAGAGUCAAGAACAGCUGGCUGCUGAGCUGGCAGAACAUACUGCUCGUAUUGCACUCCUGGAGGAAGCCAAAAAACGCAAAGAGGAGGAAGCCAUGACAUGGCAGCACAGAGCACGAGAGGCCCAAGAUGACCUGGUGAAGACCCGCGAGGAGCUUCACAUGGUGAUGACGGCGCCACCUCUCCCUCCACCACCACCUGUAUAUGAACCUGAUGAGAAUGAGUAUGACGAUGGCGAGAGCAACUGUAGUCCAACACCAAUGACCAAAGCUCUGACCUCAGAGUUGUCCCAGGCUCGCGACGACACCAAGAAGACGAAGAACAACUGUUGCAAACAGAGACGUUCUGCGCGGUCGGCCGACGACAAAUACAAAACUCUCCGCAGAUCGCCAGGGCAACACUAAACAGAGGGUAUUGAUGAGUUUGAGGCAUUAUAAAAUAUCUGGACCAGGAAACUUUGGGAGGGAGGGAGGAAAGGCGUCUCAAAGCCCUUGUCCAUUUUCUUUCUGUCCCUACGUCUGAGUGGUCA